AUGUCGCACAGAAAGUUUGAAGCCCCAAGACACGGAUCUCUCGCAUUCCACCCAAGAAAGAGAGUUCAUCGUUUAAGAGCCGCUACCUCAGCGUUCCCGAAGGACAAGACGACCGACAAGCCUCAUUUGACCGGAUUCCUCGGAUUCAAGGCUGGUAUGACCCAUGUUAUUCGUGAGGUUAAGAGAACCAACACUAAGCUCCCAAAGGACGGAAUUUUGGAGCCAGUCACCAUCAUUGAAACACCACCAAUGGUCUGUGUUGGAUUUGUUGGAUAUAGAAAGACCGUCAAGGGUUUGAGACAAAUGUCCGUUGUCUUUGCUGAACACAUCAGCGACGAAUUCAAGAGAAGAUACUCAAAGAACUGGAAGAAGAGCAACAGAAGACAAUUUGCCGUCCACACCGAGACUUACAAUGACGUUAAAGUGAAGGCCAAGAGAGAAAGAAUCAUUAAAAUGAUGAAGAACAACGCCGAUUUCAUUAGAAUCAUUGCUCACACCCAAAUGGCCCUUGUCCCAUUGAAGCAAAAGAAGGCUGAAGUUAUGGAAAUCCAAGUCAACGGUGGAUCUAUUGCUGAUAAGAUCGACUUCGCUACUGGACUCCUCGAGAAACAAAUUAGCGUCGACUCCAUCUUCGGAAAGGACGAACCAAUUGAUAUUGUUGCUGUCACUAAGGGUCACGGUUUCAACGGUGUCAUCAAGAGAUUCGGUGUUAGACACUUGCCAAGAAAGACGCACAGAGGUCUCCGUAAAGUCGCUUGUGUCGGCGCAUGGCAUCCAGCGAGAGUCGGAUGGACUGUUGCUCGUGCUGGUCAGAUGGGUUUCUUCAAGAGAACCGAAGUCAACAAGAAGAUCUACAGAAUCGGUGCCGGUGCUCUUAGAAACGCUAACACUGAGUUCGAUUUCACUGAGAAGGACAUCACCCCAAUGGGUGGUUUCCCACACUACGGUAUUGUCAAGAACGACUUCUUGAUGAUCAAGGGUACUUGCGCUGGUAUCAGAAAGAGAGUUAUUACCUUGAGAAAGGCUUGCAAUCCAUCCACCACCAGAAUUGCUCAAGAAGAGAUUUCACUCAAGUUCAUCGAUACUUCAUCCAAAUACGGUCACUCUAGAUUCCAGACUACUGCUGAAAAGAAGGCCAGACUCGGCGCCAUGAAGAAGGACUUCAUCAAGCAACAAGCUGAGAAGGUCGAAGCCGGAAAGAAACUCUAA